AUUAUCUGACAGACAAGCAUGGAGAAUUCAGACAAUGCAAGAGUUCCUGACACGAACACAAUGGAGUCUGAUGCUCAGAACGGCCCUGCGACCGAAUCGCCCGCGCCCGCUGCUGCCCCUCCCACAGACAACGCUGAUGCGCAACCCGAGAAGAAGUCUGGCAAGCGAGAGUAUAUACCAAGAAAUAAGAGAAAGGAUAUUGGGCGAAAUGACUGGAGUCGUUCUCGCACUCUAGAUAAGAGAGAGAAGACCGGCAAUGACCGCCAAAACAAGCGCCGGAAAGUUGAAGUGAAAGAGGGCCAGACACCGGUCCUCCCACUGCCAUUUUCUGCCGAAGAGAUUGCCCAGGAGGAAAGGAAACCAAAGCGUAAGGUCGCUGUGUUGAUUGGGUACUCUGGAAGUGGAUAUAAGGGCAUGCAACUAAACACAACGGAAAAGACAAUCGAAGGAGACAUCUUUUCAGCAUUUGUUGCUGCUGGCGCCAUCUCCAAGGCUAAUGCCGAUGACCCGAAGAAGUCAUCCCUCGUGCGAUGCGCGCGGACGGACAAAGGCGUUCACGCCGCAGGAAACGUUAUCUCGUUAAAGCUCAUUGUAGAGGAUCCAGAUAUUGUCAAGAAGAUCAACGAUAAUCUCUCUCCACAAAUCCGUGUCUGGGGCAUGGAGCGCACCACAGGCAGCUUCAGUUGUUACCAACUAUGCGAUUCCCGUAUCUACGAAUAUCUCAUUCCUACACACGCAUUCUUGCCCCCGCAUCCACAAACCUAUCUUGGAAAGAAGCUUGAGGAGCUCGCAGAUGAGGCGAAUGAUCGAAAGGGCUACGAGGAACGUCAAGCAGAGGUCUCUACAUUCUGGGCUGAAGCCGAGGAGAAGUACAUAAAGCCGAUCCUCGAGGAACUGGACGAGCACACGCGGGGAAUGGUUGAAAAAGCACUUUCUGAUGCUCGAGACGAUGAGGGCAAGAAUCCCAUGACCGAUACUGAUGCGCCUCGCGAAACUACUGGCCGGGCCUCCGUUCCUAAGGAGAGCAAGACUCCCGAGCAGGAUGAGAAGGCUGCCGAAAAAAAGGAGGCUGCUACGAACGCGCCGGCUACCUCGGAGACACUCAAUGCGCAGAGCGAUGGCCAGCCAGCCACAGAGGCCCUCAAGGAACAGGUCAAGCCAGAGAAACUGGGCAAAGCCAAUCGUCAGCGCCUCGAAGCAGCCAUCAAGUCUCUCAAGGCCGCCUAUAUCGAGGCAAAAAAGGCGUAUCGCAUUGAUCCCGUUCGGCUCCAGCGUGUGCGCGAUGCCUUCGGUGCCUACGUUGGUACCCGAAAUUACCACAACUUCACUAUUCAAAAGACUUUCAAGGACGCUUCAGCCAAGCGUGUCAUCAAGUCUUUUGUUGUAGGCGAGAAGCCCAUCAUUAUCAACGGCACAGAAUGGUUGAGUCUCAAGGUCCACGGUCAGAGCUUCAUGAUGCAUCAGAUCCGUAAGAUGGUCUCCAUGGCCACAUUUGUGGUGCGCAGUGGUUGCCCCAUUGAGCGGAUCCAGGAGAGUAUGGGUCCUGAGAUUUUCAAUAUUCCCAAGGCACCUGGACUGGGACUGCUGUUGGAACGCCCAAUUUUUGACUCGUACAAUGAAAAGAUUGCAAAGGGCUUUGAACGCCGACCCAUCGACUUUUCAAAGUACAACAAUGAAAUUGAGGAAUUCAAGCAGAGGGAGAUAUAUGAACGAAUUUUCAGGGAGGAAGUCCAAGAUAAUCAAUUCCAUGCCUUCUUCACGCACAUUGACAAUUUCAAGAGCGGUAUCUUCUUGUAUCUUAGCUCUGUCGGCGUUCCAGCCACGAGAGAGGCGCAGGAGGCACUGAGAGCGAAGGGCAAAUCUUCAAACGCCGAGAUCGAGCCCGACUCCGAGGAUGAAGGCCCGGCCGGCGAGGGAGAGGGUUGAAGAGUCAAUAGUAAGAUCAUUGAUAUCGGAUCCCCUUCCACCGUUUUAAAAUGUACAAUAGAGCGAUGGAUAGCCUACCCAAGGGAGUUGGGUUAUCGCAUCU